CUCUCACGAUGGCCUCCUCCGUGUUCAACUCACGGGCGAACAAUUUUCCUGGGCUGUCGGCGGAAGCCUCACCUUUUUUUGGCGAGCACUCCUCCCCGGCGAUCUCUUUGGCAGAUUUCUCAGGCAGAUUUGAUGGAGACAUGUAUUCCCAAUUACUGAGUAUGAGUUUGCCAUUGUCUGAAUAUGUGAAGCUGAUUACCAAAACAACGACUGUAUCACCUCCAGGAUAUCCAAAUCAUCGGCGCCUUGUUCUGACUGAUGAUAUCAAACGGCUGAUGAGGCGUGUGCUAGCAUUAAUGCCAGACCCUGAAACUAAUAACACAUGCUUCUUCAAGUUGAAGACUAACAAUGUUUUCGUUGACCUUCUGUCUGGAAAACCUUUUCUCCAUGCUGCAUCCUGGACAGCAAAUUAUGACGGCAAUCUUGCACAGAUGAACUAUGCAAGCGUUGGGGAAAUGUUCAGACAGACAAUCUUCAGUGGGGCAGUGGCAUCUUUGCCUGCUGAUUUCCAGCAACUCCUUGGCCUGAUGAAAACCAGUGGACACACGGCUUCCUAUGCUAUUCAGCAUCAUUGCUCCCUCAUUUGGCGCGUUGACAAGAAAGAGCUUUUUACCCGUAUAUAUGAUUUUUCAAACGAGAUUCUACAGAGGUGGAACUAUAUGUGGUAUAAAGAUGUCAUGAAUAAUUUGCACUUCCCUGCAAACUGGGACACACUCAUUCAGCAAAACCCAUACCUGAAUAUGUUCUACAGAGGAAGUACCUAUUACCCGAAUGCUGGAAAGGAGGUCCUGCGAUUUAAGAGGAACGCCUACAUCCAUUGUUUGCAUCAUGCAUGGGACAUGGCAACAGUGCAGAAAAUUUAUGAUCAGGCAGAUAUGGGAGAGAUGCUAGAGACCUCACUCUCCCUGGUCCUUCAUAGUUUUCAGCUGGAGCUGGAUAAACGAGGACUGCUAAGGUUUACAAUGCUCGAGUCUUUAUUCCACUAGUCUACCGACAGGCCACAAAUCCCGAGCGCACAAGGUAUCAAAUUAAUAAAACCGUGAGCUGUUUCCUGUUGAGGGCUGGCGCUUGGAUAGAUGUUACCUGUUGAGGUUUUUGGCUAUGGUUGUGUGUGAUGUAUGGUGAACUCCUUGUUUCUAGUCUUAGUGUUGAUAGGUUUUUGUCCCGUAGGAGAUGUUUCGAUGUCGAUUCAUCUGUCAGCGGGUUUCCUAUCGAUGCUAGGGCGCUCUUUCUUUCUCGUUUUCUUUGUUUACUUUCUGCUUUAAUGUUUGAACAAUGUAUAUUUCCGUUGUGAAAGUAAUGGAAAGUGG